CACACACACAACUACGCUGCACCAGUCAAUGAGUGCAGACACACAUACACACACAGUCAUACACACAUGCACACAUACACACACCCCUCCGUCUCUAUCUCUGAGACGUACACACAAGGCUCCUCUCUCUUCACUCGCCGGCUCUGUCUUCGCUGUGACAACAUCACCACACCUCAGCUCUGUAAGCUUAGCUAGCUACCUUGCCUCUAACAGAGAACCUUGUCAAUCUGUUAGCUAGCGAGAACCUUGUCAAUCUGUAAGCUAGCUACCUUCCCUCUAACAGAGAGCCUUGUCAAUCUGUUAGCUAGCUAUCUUCCCUCUAACAGAGAGCCUUGUCAAUCUGUUAGCUAGCUACCUUCCCUGUAACAGAGAGCCUUGUCAAUCUGUUAGCUAGCUACCUUCCCUGUAACAGAGAGCCUUGUCAAUCUGUUAGCUAGCUACCUUCCCUGUAACAGAGAGCCUUGUCUGUAACAGAGAGCCUUGUCAAUCUGUUAGCUAGCUACCUUCCCUGUAACAGCGAGCCUUGUUAAUCUUGCUUUGGAGAGACUGGAGGGUGAAGGGAUCCUUCUGGAAAAUGGACACAGACAAUCUGGAGUGGUACAUUAAGAACGAUGCCGACGUGAAGAUAAAGAUGUCCCAGGUGAAACAGGUGGGCCUGCUGGCUGCCGGGUGCCAGCCCUGGAACAAAGAUGUGUGUGCUGCCAGUGAAGACCGGUUCGCUUACUGUGCAACACUUGCUAUAUAUGUCUACCAGUUGGACCACAGAUACAAUGAGUUCAAGCUUCGAGCCAUCAUGUCAGAGCACAAGAAGACCAUCACGGCCAUAUCGUGGUGCCCACACAACCCUGAGGUGUUUGCCAGCGCCAGCGCUGACAACCUGCUCAUCAUCUGGAACGUGGCAGAGCAGAAGAUUGUGGCCAGGCUGGAUAACACCAAAGGCAUCCCAGCGUCUCUGAGCUGGUGCUGGAACGCAGGUGACGGCGUGGCGUUUGUGUCCCACCGGGGCCCUCUCUACCUGUGGGCCAUCAGCGGGCUGGACGCCGGCGUCACCAUCCACAAGGAGGCACACAGCUUCCUGUCCGAUAUCUGUCUGUUCCGCUGGCACCCCGUCAAGAAGGGCAAGGUGGUGUUUGGACACACAGACGGGAGCCUCUCUAUCUUCCAGCCAGGAUCUAAAAACCAGAAGCACGUGUUGCGCCCGGAGUCUUUAGAGGGGACGGAUGAGGAGGACCCGGUCACAGCGUUGGAGUGGGAUCCCCUGUCUACAGACUACCUCCUAGUGGCCAACCUGCACAAUGGCAUCAGAAUGGUAGACUCAGAGGGGCUCACCUGUGUCACUACCUUCAGCUUCCCCAGUUCAGCUGCCUCUGUACAGUGUCUGGCCUGGGUACCCAGUGCACCUGGCAUGUUCAUCACUGGAGAUUCUCAAGUUGGUGUGUUGAGGAUAUGGAACGUGUCCAGAUCUACACCUCUGGACAACUUUAAACUGAAGAAGACCGGUUUCCAUGCUUUACAUGUGUUAAACUCUCCCCCAGCCAAGAAAUCCUUGAGCUCCAUCUCCCCGACAAAGAACCACUACACAUCAUCCACCAGUGAGGCUGUUCCUCCCCCUACUCUAUCCCAGAACCAGGCCUUCUCCCUCCCCCCGGGCCACGCUGUCUGCUGCUUCAUGGAUGGAGGGGUUGGGCUCUACGACAUGGGAGCCAAGAAGUGGGACUUCCUACGAGACCUGGGUCAUGUUGAGACCAUAUUUGACUGUAAGUUCAAGCCAGACGACCCCAACCUGUUGGCGACAGCUUCGUUUGACGGGACCAUUAAGGUGUGGGACAUCAACACCCUCACAGCGGUUUAUACGUCUCCCGGCAACGAGGGUGUGGUCUACUCUCUGUCCUGGGCUCCUGGAGACCUGAACUGCAUAGCCGGAGCCACGUCCCGGAACGGUGCAUUUAUCUGGGAUGUGAAGAAAGGCAAGAUGAUCACACGAUUCAAUGAGCAUGGGAAUAAUGGUAUCUUCUGUAUCGCAUGGAGCCAUAAGGACUCUAAAAGAAUAGCCACAUGUAGUGGCGACGGCUUUUGCAUCAUUAGGACCAUCGACGGCAGGGUCUUACACAAGUACAAGCACCCUGCUGCUGUGUUCGGUUGUGACUGGAGCCAGAAUAACAAAGACAUGAUAGCCACGGGUUGUGAGGAUAAAAACGUCCGUGUGUACUACCUGGCCACCAGUUCUGACCAGCCACUCAAGGUGUUCACGGGUCACCUGGCCAAGGUGUUCCACGUGCGCUGGUCUCCUCUCCGAGAGGGUAUUCUCUGCAGUGGCUCAGAUGACGGGACUGUGCGUAUCUGGGAUUAUACCCAGGAUGCCUGUAUCAACGUGCUGAGUGGUCACACGGCGCCAGUCCGAGGCCUGAUGUGGAACACGGAGGUGCCCUACCUGCUGACCAGCGGCAGCUGGGACUACACCAUUAAAGCCUGGGACACCAGGGACGGAACCUGCCUGGACACCUGCUACGACCACGGCGCUGAUGUUUAUGGCCUGACUUGCCACCCCAGCCGUCCGUUCACCAUGGCCUCAUGUUCCCGGGACUCUACGGUCAGGUUGUGGUCCCUCACUCCGCUCAUCGCUCCGCUCCUGGUCAACGUCCUGGCUGACCACAGCUGGGACGACAUCAUCGGCAACACGGAUCGGGCCAUGGUACCUGGUGCUACCCCUCUGCUCUGUGGGAAGGUGUCCAGAGACAUCAAGCAGGAGCUGGAUAAACUCUCCAGUGAAGUGCGGGUGAAGAAACUCAGGUGGUUCUCCGAAUGUUUCUCUCCACCAGGGGGCAGUCAUAACCUGUGGGACCUGGUGUCAGUGAUCAAUGGGCAGGACGACAGUCUGCUUCCCCAGAGCUACGGCAAGGGCAUCAUGCACAUGAAACACUUGGUCCGCUUCAAAACCUCUGAGGCCCAGGAAUUGACCAUAGUGAAGAUGUCUAAGUUCGGCGGGGGGAUCGGGGCUCCCAGUAAAGAGGAGAAACUGAGAGACGCAGCAGAGAUCCAUCUGAGACUGGGGCAGAUCCAGAGAUACUGUGAGCUCAUGGUGGAACUGGGAGAGUGGGACAAGGCAUUGUCAGUUGCCCCUGGUGUAUCCACAAAGUACUGGAAGAAACUCAUGCAACGAAGAGCCGACCAGCUGAUGCAGGAAGAAAACCAUGAUGUCAUCCCGUACUGCAUCGCCACGGGAGACGUGAGGAAGCUGGUCAACUUCUUUACUGCCAGGGGUCAACUGAACGAGGCGCUGCUAGUGGCUCAGGGAGCUUGUGAAGGCAACAUCCACGUGCCUCAGACCGCCGUAAUCAGCCAUACAACCACUACAGACAGCGACGACAUACAGGCAUAUAACGGGCUACUGCAGUGUGUAUGUAAGGAGCUAGCGGAGUGGUAUUUCCAAGAUGGCCGUGCUGUGCUGGCGGCCUGCUGUCACCUGGCUGUGGGCAACACUGAGCUAGCCAUGGCCAGUCUGAUCCGGGGUAAUGAGCUGGAGCUGGCUGUGUGUGUAGGGCUGGUGUUGGGAGAAUCAGCCAAUCAGGCCACUCACUACGUCCUGGAGCUACUAGCCAGGAAGUACAUGACCACACCCACCUGCUUUUCAUCAGUUGGAAGCAGGGACCUGGCAGCUGACCUUCUGCAGAUGAUCCCAGACAACCAGGUCCUGCUGGCCAAGCUGUGUGCCUUCUACCCUGGGAGCUCCUCAGAGAUAGACCAAAUCCAUGAAAAAUGUGGUCUUCCCAGUCUGGAGGAGUGUCAGGCGUUAGCUGAGUCGGCUAUCAGCGAGGGAGACAUCUUCAAUGCUGUCAAGUACUAUCUAAUGAGUCCAGAACCCGAGGCAGCCCUGCUUGUUGGCAUCACCCACGUCAAAGAACAGCUGAGUGAUUCUGACUGGACUGUAGACUCUGUCCAUCCUAUCCUGGACCUUCUGGGUUACAUGAGAACGGACCGGCUCAUACUUGCCAAGUUCACUGAAGCUCGAAGUGAGCUGCUCAUCCUAUCUGGCUACAUCGGUGCACUGUUGGCCAUCAGAAGACAAUACUCCAGCAUCGUUCCCGCACUUUACGAGUACACCAGUCAGUUGAUGAAGAGGAGAGAGGUGUCUGUUCCCUUACAGAUAGAGCAACUCUCUGUAGAGCUGGAGGCAUGGAUGGCCUGCACACAGUCUCUCAUCAACUCCAGGGGUCCUGAUGAGGCUCCCUACACCCCUCCGUCAGAGGCCCAGAAGGCAGAGCACGCCCGUCUGCUACACAGACUCCAGGAGGAGCCACUCAGGGGCCUGGAGGGGCCCGACUAUGUCACAGGCUCCAACCUGCCCAGCCACUCUGACGUCCAGGUCUCCUGCUUUACCGGACUCAGGAUCCAGGGCCCUGUGUUUUUCCUUGAGGACGGUAAAUCGGCCAUAUCAUUGAACGACGCCCUUAUGUGGGCCAAAGUGAACCCUUUCUCACCUCUGGGGACGGGUGUCCGUCUCAACCCCUUCUAAGAGCCAGCCUAGCCAACGAGGAUGGGCUACAGGACUAAUAGCGUUUGAUUGGUCAGCCUCCAAGGCCAAGGUCCCACGACGGUAAAAGGGCGACGUCAGGACCGACACCUGCUCUUCCUGAGAGAAAGAAGGAGAAGGGAUGGACGUUCCAGAACGAAAGAAGAGAGAUGGAAGAAAGGAUGCUUAAAAUGAGUUCUCUUCACUAUGUGCUUUUUCUAUGUGGUUUACAAUGUGUGCACCACAUGUCAUCCAGUCAACAGUGUUACAGCUUCUCAUAGAAAACGUGUUGCCGUACUUAGACACUGACAAAGAGGUGGUUGAAACGGGUUAUAGUGUUUCUAUGUAGGAGCGAGACCAUUAUAGUACGGCUGUCUUGUUUUAGACACACCGUCUCGUGCACAUCAGUACCAAGACAGACAAGUCGACGAGCUAUGUGAUUCUUAUUAUGCUCAUGGUCAUAGCACCAGCAUCAUUUGACUGAUGAAUACCAUAUUUGUGUUGUAUUGCUGUUGGUUUAACGUUGCGCAAUGUUGCAUCAUCAUUUCUGUUUGUUACAGAAAUCAGUCCGCACACAUACAUGUACAAGAGCAAAGCGUAUGAUGAUGUAGGCUUAUAGUGGUAGUUGAUCGAAAGCAAACAAAUACAGAGAAUCGUACCUGUUAGCCUUUUAUUUAGCUUAGCAUCAAUCAAUCAAAUAAUUGAUGUAGGACUUGAUUGCUUUCGCAUUAAAACAGCUUAGCAGCAUCGUGUCUGUACAGUACUGUGUUUGACUGUGAAUGUCUAAGACUUCUGCUGGACCAAAAAAAAAGGAUGUGGACCUGUAAAGUUGUCAAUUUAAAACCUCUUUUGGCUAGGCGUCCCGCUAGCGAAAACUUCCGGUGAAACAGAAGGUCGUGCAAUUCAAAUAAAUAAUCAUACAAAUGAUGGAUAUUAAACAUUUAGGUACAUACAAGUGUCUUAUAUUGGUUGAAAGCUUAAAUUCUUAUUAAUCUAACUGCACUGUCUGAUUUACAGUAGCCAUUACAGCGUAAGCAUGCCAUGCGAUUGUUUGAGGAUGGCGCCCCACAUCAAAAUAUUUUUCCACCGGCGCAGGUUUCAUAAACUCGCAAAUAGCAAUUAAAUAUUCCCUUACUUUUAAAAAAUCUUUCUCUGAUUUGACAUCCAAAGGGUCCCAGCUAUAACAUGUAGUGUCGUUUUGUUAGAUAAAAUCCUUCUUUAUAUCCCAAAAAGUCUGUUUAGUUGGCACCAUCGAUUUGAGUAAUCCACUCGUUCAACAUGCAGAGAAAGGAUUCCAAAAAUCUAUCACUAAACUUUGUUAAAACAAGUCAAAAAAAUGUUCUAUUGACUCCUCAGAUGCCCUAAAAUGUAAUCAAACUAUAAUAUUUCAUACGGAAAGAAGUAUGUUCAAUAGGAAAACGAUAUUAGCAGGUCCGUCUUGUCCUCAUUGCGCGCAUAUAUACGCAUUUCCAAUAGUGUGUCCUUGUACUAAAACUCAGUAUUCUUACUCAUUUUGGAAAAAACAAGCCUGAAACAUUGAACAUAGAGUGCUGACACCAUGUGGAAGCCAUAGGAAUUGCAUACUGGGAGCUAGAUUUAAUUAUUUCCCUAUACUUUCCACUGUAAGACCAUGGGCUCUCAAAAAAAAAAAAAUCUGGUUGGUUUUUCUUUGGAUCUUCUCCAACCAUAUCUAUUGUGUUAUAGUCUACAUAGUUUUAACAUUCCUCGAAACUUCAAAGUGUCAUCUUUCCAAUGGUAGCAAUUAUAUGCAUAUCUUGGCUUCAGGGCCUGAACAACAGGCAGUUUACUUUGGGCACGUCAGUCAGGCGGAAAUUGAGAAAAAAGGACCCUAGCCCUAACUUAUUUUAACUUGUGAAUAGGUUCUUGUAUUGUACAUAAGACUGUAAUUCCUAUUGAGUACUAUUUCAGGGAUCACAGUUGCUAGCUAGAAGGGGAGGUAGUUGGUACUGUACACGGCUAGGGACUUGCAAGUGUAAUAGCUGUUACGAUACUGGAUCCAUAGAAUUAAAACUCAUAUUCUAUGCUGGGGUCGACGCUUUAAAAUGUCUCUGAGUCUCAUCAGCGUUACCGCGUCAUCAUUCGUAGCCAUCACCUGACUGCAGAAUUUGAAGUGAUUUCAUAAUGAUGACAAGCUUCUGUAUGCAAUUCAUUAUUACUAUCACAAUUUGGCGAACAGGGUGACAGCCUGCUAAGACUAGCUAGCUUAUAUGUUAAACAGAAAGCUGUGAUAAAAAGGCAAUAUUUGAGAAUCUUGAGGUUGUGCCUUAAGAAAGUAGAAAACUAUUUAUCACUGCAACAUAUAGUAUAUUGGUGAGUAGGUACAUUCAUGUAAAGAGAAAAGGUUUUCUUCCUUCUGCUUAAUGAAACAAACAUUUAUUCAGAUAAUUUAUACAAGUAUUGCAUUUUUUUUUACUAAUGUAUUGAUAUUAGUUUUCCACCUAUACUUCAAUUAUCUUCAAAUGCAUUUGUUUUUAUUUAUCUAUGUAUGUAUUUAUUGAUUAUCUUUUACUUAGACAUAUGUACAGUUUGUUUGUACUGCCAUUGCAGUUUAUAAAAUGUGUUCAUGAAAAUAUCAAAAUGUUAGUUUUGUAACAUAAAGACGAUACCAAUGUAAA